AAUAAAUAUACUUGACAUCACAAAGUACUAAUCAGUUUGUAAUGUAUAUGAUUUAAUAGUUGCAACAGAAUUUGUUUUUUUUAAAAAGGACAAAAAAGAACAAAAUCUAAUGGGCCCAAGAUAAGGACAUUAGGCUAAAUAUAGUACUAAAGGGCCCAAGACAAACACAUGCAACAGAAGGUAAUAUAUAGGUUGUUCGCAUAUGUUCAGUUAGUAUUUUCCUCAAACGUUAGGGUUUCUGGACGGUGACGAAGGCUGUGUCGACGGAGCAACGAACGAUCUCGCGGUGCAAUGACAGAUUCCGGGCCAUAUGACAUCCCCCAACGAACGAUACAGCAACUCGCAAGGGAGAACAACUGGGAAAGAGUGAAGAGGGAGAUUGAGAUUCGGUGGGUGGUGCAACUGAUAACUCAAGCAGGUAAAUGGAGGAGAGGUUGGGAGAGAGGCAACCGCAGGAAGUGGGUUGGAUGCCUCUGGAAACGCGAGAGCCACUUUCGGCGUGUAAUGGGAAUUCUUGACAAAUGACUUUCUUCCAUAAAAUGGAAGGCAGGAUGGCAAUCCGCCCAUUCUGGAACUGCUGUAGGCAUUGCUGCAGGUGAGGGUGUUAUUUGUUCUGGCGAUAGGAAAAGGAAGUCCAUUAGAAAGGCUGAAUCUGAUGUGAUAGUAUUAUCCUCUGACUCCGAAAGGGAAGAACAGGUUGGUAAAGAAAUGGAAAAGUCUAAGAAGAGGCAAAUGACCAAGAAAGGACAUAGCACAACAGUUGAAGAAAGGGAAGGGAUGGAUGGCACAGGGUGCACAAAGCUGGACAACAGCAGCAAGAAGCAAUAUGGACCCAGUGGCAGUGUGAAAGAUAGGAGAUCUGUUAGGAAAGGGAAAGAAGUAAUGGUAGAGGAUGAAGAGGACGACGUUUCUAUUUCAUCUCAUGUGGAAAGCCAAGAGUAUGAGGCAAUUGUAAUGGAAAAGGAACAAAGCUGGAUCCAGGAGGUCACCAAGCCAACAACAAUGGGGACUCAGGUUCUUCAAAUUCCUGCUGGGGUAAUCACUGCUUGUAACUUGGUCGGCAAGAACAACAUCAUGUUGUAUGACACAGAGAUACAGAAGGGCUAUAAAUGUGUCCUGAAGAAGAGAGAUGGGAAAAAUGAGAUGUUUCUGUGCAGGGGUUGGUAUGAGUUUGCCAAGAGCUGAGAGUUGAAGAAAGGUGAUGUUUUGCGUUUCACCAUAAGGUACCCUCCUGUGGAAGAAAUUCUCGUAUCUGUUUGCCGUCGGAAUUAGUGAAGAACCUGAUGCCUUGAAGUUGUGUUUGUUUUGGGCUACUGUGUAUUAAGUGGUUUUAUUAAGAGUUUAUAAAUUAAUGUUGUUGUAAUAUAAUUCUGGACAACCAAACAUGGGAUGUGUUUGUUAUGGCAUAUGGUAAUUUAAGUA